GUGGGAGAACUGGCUACUAUGAGGACGUCUCAUAAUCUCAUCGACUGACUUGAUAUAUUGUUAAGAAUAAAAACUGAUGAUUCUAGAUUCUCAUCGGGCUAAGAUCAUCAUGUCCACCGCACGGUCCCCCAGGAAGACUGGACUGCCAAGAGAGGUCCUAAAGUGGCUGCAAGGCCUCGACUUGUCAUUUUAUCCGACGAAUGUACGAAGAGAUUUUUCCAAUGGUUACCUUGUGGCAGAGAUAUUCUCUCAUUACUACCCCAAAGAUUUCCAGAUACAUUCAUUUGACAAAGGAACAUCACUUUGCGCCAAACAGAAGAACUGGAGCCAGAUAGAAAGGUGUUUACAGAAGAAGAGCCUAUGUUUGACAGAAGAAGUCAUUGAUGGAACCAUCCACUGUAAACCAGGAGCAGCCGAGCAGUUGGUGCGGGAGGUUUAUGCUGUUUUAACUAACAGGAGCAUCACAGAUGUUAAGGCCUCAGAAUCAGACUUCACUGACCGGGAGUACCAGGAGCUUCUGCCCACGUUGGCUCGCUCCACGGCCUCCAAGGCCAUUAAGAACAACCUGAGGAUAACAGAGAUCAUGGCCGAACCCGACAUCAGCAAACAGCAGAGGAAGGCGCAAGUCAUCCUCCACAGGCACCUGGAGCAAAAGGCUGCAGAGAAGGUUCUUUACACUGGUGAGUCACAGAGAGGUGACACUCAGCUUUCUGUGGGGGGAAAUGUAAGCUACUGUGAUGGCUAAAUCAUGUCAGAAAACAUUAUGACAGUCACACAAGCGUUUUAAACACAAGUCACAUGGACUGACAGAUUGUUGACAUACAAAACUGAGAAAAGAACAUUAGAUAUAAGAACUAUCAGUAACUACUGUAGCUCACGAGUCAUUUUUUUUCUGAAUGUGAGCGAAUUCUUUGGUUUGGUGACAGGACGUUUUAAAGUGAAGCCUAAACUGGGUCAGUUGGCAACCAAAAAUCUUGCGCCACCCAGCCACAGUGAUGAGGGCUUUGACAACCCUUCAUCUGGUGAACCUGUAUCAGAGUUGUGCUCCUUGUCAACAUGGAGUGGAGCUGCUGUUUCCUUUAAGGAGAUAAAAGUGAACCAGCCUGCCAGACACUCCCUGGUUAAAUAUUAAAGAAACGAGAUGGACAAUUGUAUGCUUCUACCAUAGUGUGUGUGGCUGUGUGUGUCACUUGAUAUAUUCAUGUUUUUCUCAGUUAUCAAAGCAUAGCCAAUUCUUAACUAAUAUGUCACUAAAUAUUUAGUGGAGUUUAAUUUCUCUGAAAGACAUAACUUUAAGUGAUGCUGUGAUGUGUUUCUGUCAUGUUUAGGCUAUGCCGAUUUGUACCAGGAGGUGGCAGCAUUGAGUCAUGAGCAGAACUCUCCUUGAUGGUUUGAAACUACAGUCCGCUGUAGGUGUACCAUUGACAGAAAUAAAUCAGUAGAU